AAACUUGAACCCAUACCACUAACUUUCUCAAGUAUACAAAUGGUCUCUCAUCCAAUCGUAGAGCUGACCUCAGAAGCGUCCUGGAAUCUUAUACAGGACAAGUUCUCAGACUACGGGAAGGAGACACUUGCUAAGCUAAUUGCUUUCCUUCAUGAUGAAGUGCUUCCGGCGCAGCGGCUUGCCCAUAUACAAAUCCCCAGCGAUCCUGUGCAACGUUGGAAGACCAUCGUUCCGGUUAUCGAAGAAUUGAAAGUUAAAGCCCGUAAACUUGGCUUGUGGAACCUUUUCCUGAGCAAAUUGCACUACCCAGAACACGGCGUACCUCUUACCAAUCUCGAGUACGCCGUCAUGGCAGAGAUGCUCGGUCGUGGGGGACACAUGGCGUCUGAAGCAGUCAACUGUUCCGCUCCUGAUACUGGGAAUAUGGAGGUUCUCGCAAGGUAUGGUUCCCCAGAGCAGCAGAAGAAGUGGCUCGUACCUUUGCUCAACGGCCAAAUACGUUCGGCUUUUGCUAUGACCGAGAGAUUUGUAUCCUCCGCCGAUGCCCGCAACAUCAAGACCUCCAUUAAACGAGAAGGCGAUGAAAUAGUCAUCAACGGGCACAAAUGGUGGAUAAGUGGAGCAGGUGACCCUCGAACGAAGCUUCAUCUUGUCUUGGGAAAGAGUGACCCUGAGAACUCCAACUCAUACCUCCAGCAAAGUGUUGUAAUAGUCCCUGCCGAUGCCCCUGGUGUCAAAGUGGUUCGUCCCAUGGAAGUCUUCGGGUACGAUGAUGCCCCUGAAGGACAUUGCGAAAUCAUAUACGACAACGUUCGCGUUCCAUUAUCAAAUCUUGUCCUUGGCUGGGGUAAAGGCUUCGAGAUUAUCCAAGGACGUUUAGGACCUGGUCGUAUUCAUCACUGCAUGCGCUCUAUAGGCGCAGCUUCAAUGGCUCUUGACCUGAUGAUCCAAAGGAUAACUGACCCCUCAAGGAAGACAUUUGGAAAAUACCUUUACGAGCACGGUACUGUUAUUGCCGAUAUUGCACAUUCUCGUGCUGAAAUCGAGUCAUCACGUCUACUUGUCCUGAGCGCGGCGCUACAGAUUGACAAAUAUAAAGCCAAGGGAGCACUCAAGGAGAUUGGUAUUGCAAAGUUCGUGAUCCCAUCCAUGGCUCUCCGUGUCAUCGACCGUGCUAUGCAAGCGUAUGGAGCGGAAGGUCUCAGCCAGGAUCAACCACUAGCUAGCAUGUUUGCAAACUUGAGGACGCUCCGCAUUGCCGAUGGACCCGAUGCUGUACAUAUUCAGCAAGUUGGGCAGAGGGAGUUGAAACGUGGCCCAGCACUUGCCAAGAGGGCAGCAGAGAUCAAGAAGAAAGAGCUCGCAGUUAUGGAGAAGGCUGGUGUCAAGUCUCACUUCUAAAAAAUCAUACGUCCCACAUUAUCGGCACCUGGAGGACUGCCAUCAUCAAUGUGAACCGCCUAAGCAAUACGGAGAGAGAAUAGUAUUCAGGCUGCUCGAUUCAAGUUAAUUUCGCCAAUUUAUUUAUCUCACUUACCAGUAAUAUACAAGUUGAACAUUGUCUCUGAUUGG